UGGUCACGUGACGGUGUUGAGGCAAGAUGGUGGCGGUGGCCCUGUGGAUGCGGAGCUUUGUUGCGGUUCAGAGCGGCUGACUAUCGGCCUGCUUUCCAAACGUAUUCCCCUUUUUUCAAAAAAAAAACAAUUACGUUCGAAAGGUGAUUUCAGUGUUACCUUUUUCCACUUUACUUCCCUUCGUCUUCCCCCCCCCCUCCCUUAAAUGUCCUACUGGAGAUGUGUGUGGAUUUCUGAAAGCCGCCAGCUUUUUUUACCAUGGCUUUGAGGGAGCUGAAAGUUUGUCUGCUUGGGGACACGGGGGUUGGUAAAUCCAGCAUUGUUUGGAGGUUUGUGGAAGACAGUUUUGACCCAAACAUCAAUCCUACAAUAGGGGCAUCCUUUAUGACAAAGACAGUACAGUAUCAAAGUGAGUUGCACAAGUUUCUGAUCUGGGACACAGCUGGUCAGGAGAGGUUCCGUGCUUUAGCGCCGAUGUACUAUCGUGGAUCAGCUGCUGCAAUCAUUGUGUAUGAUAUCACAAAAGAGGAGACAUUACAAACGUUGAAGAACUGGGUGAAGGAACUGCGACAACAUGGACCUCCAAACAUAGUUGUAGCAAUUGCAGGAAACAAAUGUGAUCUGACUGAUGCCAGGGAAGUACUUGAAAAGGAUGCCAAGGAUUAUGCAGAUUCCAUUCAUGCAAUCUUUGUGGAAACUAGUGCCAAAAAUGCCAUUAACAUUAAUGAGCUGUUUGCAGAAAUCAGUCGUCGGAUUCCUUCAACAGCUGUCAAUCCAGCAACGAACAAUAAAGGAUUCAAGCUCAGGAGACAACCUUCUGACCCGAAACGUAACUGUUGCUGACCUUUUUUCCAUGAAUGAAUCUUUUCGGAGCAACGUGUAAAAAGAAGGAUGGAUCCCUAUAAAACCAUCCCUCUUGCAUUCAGCUUUUCUGCUGUGCUCUCCUUGAGGGAAGAGUAAUAGCUAGUAUCAAAAUUACAAUUCCCUUUUUUCUCGAUAAAAGUGCUCUGAGCAACACUUUGCUUGUGUUUUACACUUUGCGUCCAGAAGUAUAAAAACCAAUGAACUAGGGGAUGGUUUAAAUGAUGUUCAGCAGGAGUCUGGUGCAGAGGUGCAUAACAAAACUUUAUGGGUUUUUCCUUUGCGUAUAGGUAAACCUCGUUAUUGCAUAAAAAAGGGAAAUUAUAAAAACUGGAGCACUUUGUUUAGUUUGUGUUUUGUAAUUGGAUUCCCUUUUUAAAGUGCACUCUGAGGGGCAACAAUCUGAAGUGAUUCCUAUGUUAAAACCUGUUGAACCCAGUUUUCAGAAAUGCAGAGCUAAGUAUAUAACUACUCCAUGUAACUCUCCAACAAGAGCCUUUUCCUCUUGUUUAAGGAAGACACGGUUCAGUUUUCAGAACACAACUAAUUGAACUCUAGCUUGUGUGAUUGAAAGGAUCAAAAACACCUCAAUAUCUGUCUGUUAUCCUCUUCAGCUGUUUCCUUUGGCCAUUAAGAAUAUCCAAGUGAGAUGAGGUACUGUCUCUCCUAAGCAAGUCACAUGAUGGCUCAUGUACUGUGGACUGGAGAAAAAUUAGAACUAGUCUUGAAGAAAUGUUUAGUUAUACUUAACAUGGAGGCUAAUAGAAUAAAUACACCACAUAUUAUGUGGUCCCAGGCCUGAUGUGAGCUGGCUAGGAAGUUCUACCAUUGACUAAGAAGAAGAAGAGUUAAGUACUCCUGCUGCUGAUGACCAUACUGCUGGAAGUUUGAACAUGUGAAUAUCCGGUAAGGACAGUCUGGAGCUCUGCCUUGAUCUGCUUCAAAUGAAGCACUUGGCCAAAGCUCACUGCAGAAUCUCUUGCCUGGAGGUGAACCAUCUACUCUCAAUCAAGAGUUUUUGCAUUCAAAAGGGGAGACAACCUAUAUAUGUAUACAGUAAAGAAUAAUGUUUUGCAUGUAGGGAAGUAUUCUUGACUGUUGUGUUUAAUCAGCUGAAUUCUGAUUGAUUGGUGAAAUGAGGCUGUAUUUCUAAAUGUGGGGCAGAAGUUUGCACAUUCUUCAAACUAACUUCCAAGUCUUUAGAUUGGAUCCCAAACUAUGGGAACGAAGUCAAUGUUUUCUGAAAUCCUAUCUGUCUGUGAAUGCAUAUCUGACAACCUUGCUCAUUUAGUGAAUGCUGAGAGUUUUAAGAAAUGUAAAUCAGAAGAGUGUGUUUGCUUUAAGUUUUUUUUUAAAGGAACAUCCAGAUUAACGCUAGCCUCCUUGAUCAUUCUAACUUAAUGCAAUUUUGAGCAUUUUGGUGGCCAGACUUGAUCAAAGACCACCCAGUUUUCUUUUGAAGAGUACUGUAUUGUCAAAAAGUCUUCAUUGAUUAUAGUUAACAAACUGACCUGGUUUAGGUUAUCAAAUUGUACUUUUAUCUUUUAGUUUUUUACAAAAAUAUUUGGUGGUCUUUUUUUCUUUCAUCAAAUUGAAAGUCACCCUUGGGAGCUAUCAUGUUGUACUAAGGAAGAUGAGAAGAGUCUGUAGGUUAAUACUUUCUUGCUCUAUCCUAUAUUCCUAUUUGCAAGCAAAGUGAAUGUGAAAUUCUGGUGAAAAGUUGUGAAGUGUAAUUGGUGAACUUUUUAAAUAGAUUGGCAAGUGCCACUGUCAGCAAAAUUCACUUUCCUCCCUUCUGUGCUGGGAGUACAGUGAGACCAGCUGGAUGGUCACCUUGGUAGAUGAUAUUCAGUGCCAGCUCAUUAGUUGUAAAUAAGUUAGGUCGUUGGAGCUGAAAAUAUCACUAAAUUAAGAAAAAACACUUGCAUUUAUAGAGCACCUUUCAUGGCAUCAAGAUGUCUCAGCAUUGUUCAAUUAGUGAAGUUUGGUUAUUGUUACAGCAAUCAAUUUCCCCUGUUCCUUCAAAUACAGAAUGUUGAAGACCAGAUAACCUGAUUUGGUAAUGUUGGUUGAGGGAUAAACAUUGACGAAGUCAUUGGAGUACACUUGUCUGCGCUUGUUUGAAAUAAUGUUAUGAGAUUUUUCAUGACCAAUUGAGAGGACAGAUGAGCAAUUUGCUUAACAUCUGAAAAUCUACACCUCUGACAAUACUGCACUGGAAGGUCAGCCUGUAUUUUUGUACCCAUCCUUGGGUGGCACUUAAACCCAUAACCUCCAAAUCCAAUGUGAGACUGCUACCACCUCGCUACAGUGUAAACAAAAUGUACUUUUUUCCAGAAAAGUAGGAUGAACAAAUGCUCUUAGAUUAGGCAGGUCCUAUUGCUUUCUGUGUCCCUGUCCCUUUCCUCUGUGUUAAGAAUUAUUUUUGCUGGGUUUCAUAAGCAAAUUAACUUUGCACUUGUUUGAAUGUUUAUGGUGUUAAUGUCAGAUUCCAUUUUGUGAAGUGGUAAACUCAGCACUUUCAGAAGUGAGCUCAAUACAUGAAUUAUUGAAUGGAUUCACAUUCUCUUAGUUUUAAAAACAAUCCUUUGCUAGUAUGUUCUUAAGUACAGACUGAUAAUCAAUCUUUAUAACAACAUCAUUAAUUCUGGAGGAGAAUUUAAUGUAAGAUACUUCCUGUUGAAGGCAAAGACACUAUGAAAGUAGCUGGUAUGCUUAUGAUGGUAAGGAUAGGUGUGUCAGCCAUAUUAAAAACAAAGCAAGUGAGAUUGGAUGCUUGGAUUGUUCAUAAUUUCUGGAUAUUGAUCAACUUAUGAGCCUGGACUUGAAAAUGUACUCAAUGCUUAUUGGUCCUUCAAGAAUGCAAUUAAUGGACUUCUGGAGAAGAGGUGCUUACAUUCUGUGAGCAAUAAAUCAUUUUGAUAAUUAAAUGGUUUGGGGUCACUUGAAUUGCUUUGAAGAGUCAGGAAAAAUUUUGAGUAGCUUCCUCAAUUAGUUGCAAGUUUCUCCCAGAACUGCAUAUGUAAAAGUGGGAUUAGAAUUGACCAAAGCAUUUGAGGAGCAUGCAAAGACUGUUGGCAACAACAUUAAGGAUGUUUACGAAGUGUGAUGUUAGGUAAAUUGGAUUUGGAUUAGCACCUGUCUUUUUGUGGUUUACUCAAAUGAACUAAGUCAACCAGUGAUUUCUGGCAUCUCUCUCUAUCUUUUGUAAUUCUUGCCUCACCUCAGUUGAGAACCCCUCAUUGUGGUUAAAAGUGGGAUGUUGUAUCUCUGUAACAGCCACCCAUACAGUUGCUAAUUGUAAUAGGAUGGAUUGGGGCUAUCACGAAGGAAUUGAAUGACAAGCAUUUAAGCAUGUACUUUGUACAUCAGUUGAUUCAUAUUAAGAGCAGUCAGUCUGUCGUCAGCUGCUGAUGAAACUCUCAAUCUAUCCCAAAGAUAUUUGUCACAUGGAGCAAUGCCUGAAAAGCCCUGAUAAUCGAUCCAAUGGUUUGUACACUGCUUUCUACCUAAACCUUUACCACUUCAGGUGUACUCUUUGCAGACAGGAACAUAAGUUGGAUUGCCUGUCUUUUCUGGUUGUCUUUUGUGUGACUGCUUCAAGUCACAAAAUUCUACCCUUGAGACCUGCAGGGAAAUAGAUUUUGGAGAUGUUUUACACUCAGUUUCUGGUUUAACCCUGCUAAUUGGCAGCAAAUCAGAGGGCUUGAUAGAAAGUACAUAGUGAUUCUUGAUCCAGCAUUGUUGAUCUCCCAUUGUAUUUAAAUAUAUAUUUAUGAACACAAUUCUCAGUAAUGCUGAGUUAUACUCCUGCAGUUUAUGCAGAAUGCAUGUGUGACACAUAAUGUAAGUAUAAAUUCCUUUUUGGGUUAGAAAUUUAAAACAAAAAUCCACAGAGAUAAAUAUUAUUCACUCAAUUGUACCUGUAUGACAGCUUGAUUUAACUACUUCACUGCUAUAGAUUUUGCCUCUGUACCACUUACAGGAAAGAAUUCCUGUUUGACAGCUCUGGGCUAAUUUAAAAAAAAACUUGGUUCACCUGCCUUUUUCUUUUGGAAUAUUCUGUGACCACAACCCUCUUGCCAAUUCACUAACCACUGGGAGCUUCUACUUUCCAUCCUUACAACUUCAUUAUAAAGUUAGGAUCCUCUUUAGUUGUCUCUCUUCUGCUGAAACCACUAAGUUUCUUCCAUAGAUAUAACCUCUUAUGUACGCCAGUCAAGUGACUCUUUAUUUUUUCCAUUACUCUAAUAACCUUUCUGUAAAUGAGUGCCAGAGAUGUAUUCUGUGGCAACUGUACAUAGUCAACAUUUCCUCACUUUUUCAGUCUUUAGGCCCAGUUCUUUCCCAAAAUAUAGUGCUUUGCUUUUUCUCUGCUUUAAACCAGCCAGCUAUUCUUUCCACAAAUAUGCUUUCAAUUACUUGCAUUCUUCCCAACAGUUUGUUGUGACUCUUUAAUUGAGUACCAGCAAACAUACAGUGAACAAUCUUGCUCGAACAUUCAGUGAGAUCAUUUAACUCUGCAGUCCUAAUCAAGAACCUACCUCUUUCUUAAAGGUAUUUCAAGAUUCUGCUUCCAUUGCUUUUUGAGGAAGAAAUUCCAAAGACAUUCAACCUUCAGAGAAAUCUAAACUGCUGUGUCCAGAAUAUUAGUGUAAAUGACAAAACAAUAAGCACCCAUCUGAAAGCACUGGAACAUACUAUUACCCACAUGCCACUGAUCCAAAAAGUGUAUGUAUUCCUACUGCUUGCUUUCUGCAUCAUGACCAUCUUUCCAUUCAUUUUAUAUUUUUAAUACUUAAUUUUUAAACUAGUGUAGCAUUUUGUAUCUAAAGCAUGAAAAUUCAUAAGCAAAACAUUUAUUGCAGUACCUUUAUCUGACUUACACAUUAUAAAUAAAUUGUUGAAUUGUUUGCCUUUGUAAACAGCUGUAGUACAUAUUAAAUCAGAAUCUCAAACAAAUAGAAAUAGACAACAAAUUCUGGCCAAGCCAGUGGCAUCCACAUCCUGUGAAACAAUUAAAAGAAACUUAAAUAGUUCUGGCAUGACUUACCCUCUACAGAUCUGACUGUUCUCAUAAAUGAACCUUUCACUUUCUAACUAACCUGUCAUUUCCUGGCUAUCGCUUUCACCUUAUAACAGGUACAACAUUUGAUGCUAUGAAUUUGUUUUGAUAAUUAUGAUUUGGUGUUGCCGGUGUUGGACUGGGGUGGACAAAGUUAAAAAUCACAACACCAGGUUAUAGUCCAACAGG